AUGGCCGACGACCGACAUCGACAGGACCGUCCCCAGCAGAAUCGCCCCGAGGAAAAGCACCACCCGUCGUCAUCCCGCCACCCGGCCGACGACCAUCAAGCCGAAGGCCCUCGAGCCACCAUGGCUACCACCGUCACUCUCCCCUCGAUCCACGAGGCCCGCGCUGCUGCCGGCUACGGCUCGCAACCCCAAGCUCCCCAGCCGCCUCCUACGCCCGCCGCCCGUGGCUACCCCCACGACCCUCGCUUCGCCUCGCCGAGCGCCGUCAACGGCUACCCGCCUCCUACCGCCGGCGGCCAACCCCCCUCGACCUACCUGCCGCCUCUACAGACCAGCCCCUCCGACCCCCGCUCGCCGGGCUACCCGCCCCCCGACCAGCGCGGCGCCUACUACGACGACCGCCGGCCCUACCCCGAGCAUCACCAGCCACAGCAGUACGCCGGCGAGGGCUACUACUACCGCGGCCCGCCCUCGGGGCCCGUCCCGCCGAAUGGGUACCCGCGCCCACCCCAGGGUGCCUACCAGGAGUUUGCGCAGCCGGCCGGCAGUGCCGCCGCCAUGGCCCAGGCUGCUCCGCGACAGCGAACAUCGAUUGCGUGCAGAUAUUGCAGGAAGCGCAAGAUCCGCUGCAGCGGCUACCAAAAUACGCCGGGCGGCAAGUGUCAGAACUGUGCACGCAUGAACCAGGAGUGCAUCUUCCAGCCCGUCUCCUCAUCGACCUCGACCGCCUUUAUCCCCGUGUCCGCCGUCCCGGGCGGCGUGCCCCCGGGAACCCAGCUGUUCGGCGCAUACGGCCAACCCCUGGCCCCGAGCCCCGUCACCGUCGCCCAUCCCUAUCCGCCGCAGCACCAUGGCGGCCCCCCGCCGCCGGGAGGACCUCCGCCCAACUUUUACCCUCCGCAGCAGCAGCAACAGCAGCAGCAGCAGCCGCCGCCGCCGACGCAGUCUCCCACCGAGUCCUUCUCUUCCUACGGUGACGAGGCCUCGCAGGUGGCGGGCAGGAGGCGAAGGCGCACGCCCGAGGAGCGCGAGGAGGGCUACAGACUGCCUCCGCCGAGAGGAGGCGGCGCGCCCGAGGAGGAGCCCCGCCGCAGGUCGCCCGCCGAGUUCUCCAACAACAGCAGCCCCGGCGGCCUGGCGCACCUACCCUACCAGCCCCCCCGGCAGAGCCCUCGCAAUGCUCCCGCGCUGCCCCAGCUGUCGGGACAAGGUGGGCGAUCGCCGAGGGCGCAAAACGGGUCGAGCGGUGGGUCGACCCCCGCACGGCAGCAGGCGCCUCCCACCAGCCAGCCCCAGAGCCACUCCGUCAUGAGUCUGAGCAACCUGGUGGAGAAAAACGACAUCGAUAGGACGAUGAUUGACCGCCUGAAUCAUUCCCGGGACAGCAAGAGCGCCAACGGCUCCCGCUGA